UCACAUAUUUCUUCACCACUUGAUAGCGUAGCAUAUCGUGAAAUUUCAGAUGCGUUCACGUGCAGGCUUUGGCAUCAAUCUGGAUAGUAGCAUUGUUAAACACAAAAGUUUACGACGUGAAGAGAAUAUUUAUCCAAUUAGAAUAUAAAUCGCAUUGUAAGCGUAAAACGAUGAACAAUAAAUAAAACAACUGAUGUGGAAUUUCAUCAAAAAACAUUGGAAAACGCUGUUAAAAUAUAUAGUUUAAAAUAUUAAUUUGUCUAUUUAAAAUUGUUCGUUCGAACUCAUUUGUAUCAUCUCUUAAAAUAUUUUAUCGGAAUGAAAACGUAAUAAAUUUUGAAGUGUCUUGUGCAAUUUACGGUAUUUUCACUAUAAUUUCUAGAAUCUAUUCGGUGUUAUUUGAAAUAGACAUUCCAAGAAAUUAACUUUCUUAUACAUUUAGAUUUUAAAAAUUAAGACAAUAAAGCUACAAUAUGGAACGAGUAGAGGUUACAUUUUUAUUUCAAUUCGGCAAUUUGCGCGAUAUGAUUACUGUGCCAGUAGCAACGAUAAAUUUGAAAUCUCUCAAGGAUUUAGCUUGUGAUUUCAUAAAUUCCAAAAUACCAGAUAAUGGUUUGAGUCAUCUGUCAGAACGUUUACUUUUAUUUCGCCAUGAUUAUAAAAGCCCAAACAUACUGCAACUGGUGAAUUCAGUGGCCGAUGUAGUGGACGAAACAUUGAUUGAAAUUGUUUUAACUUCAUCCCCAAUAAUUUAUGCGAAUAAUCAUGAUGAUAUACCAACAAUUCGACCACAUUCACUUUCUGUACACUCGUAUAAAGCACCUACAUUUUGUGACUACUGUGGUGAAAUGUUGUUUGGUCUAGUACGACAAGGACUUAAAUGUGAGGACUGCUGCAUGAAUUUUCAUAAACGAUGUGUAAAUAAGGUCCCGGAUAAUUGUAGUAAAGCCGAUCCAUCCCGACGUGUAUCGUCACUUCAGCCUCCUCGCGGACCUUCAGCAACUUCAAGUAAUAAUUCACUUGCUUCAACAUGUGAUGAUAGUUCAAGUUCUACAGCCGGAUCAUCAUUGGUAAGAAAGAUGGCACAACUUAUGAAUGAUAUUCGAAAUUAGAUGAACAAAAAAGUAUGAACUACGAAUAUUAUGAAUUACGAUUAAUAUACGACAACUCAAUAUAAGUCCGUCCAAACAAAAAUAUGUAUUUAUAACAUUUGAUCUGGUAUAUUCUGAAUACGUCAAAUGCAAAACAAAAUCAUUAUAGUUAAUAUGUUUUAAAUUAAAUGUUUAUAAAUGCAAAUAAAUAUUUUGAAAAUACGAAAAUAUUA